UCCGAGCAUGUCGGCUAGAAAGGCCAGGAAAGUGUUCUCGAGCAUACCGUACCAGCCAGCUGCAACUUUUUACAGUUUAGACCUCAAGAGGUAUUGAGUCUCCCGCCAUUUCAGCUUCCCUUUCUGUAACUUAGAGAAUGGAGCCUUCGGAAGGAGCUAGCUCUGGAGCGGCGUCGCUGCGGCUGCAAGUUCUCGCGAAUCAUCUUGAAGCUCCAGCAGUCCGCGACGGCGAGACAAGGCUUCUAAGUGUAGAGUCAUGUUCCAGGUCCGUGGUUCGACGCCCGUUGAGCACGGUCGUGCUAGCUGAUUAUAUGGCGGGUUCUCAUCAAGCUGUGAAGGACCAAGUCUAUCGUUUUUUCAAGCUCCAUCCUGAACUGGAAACUCCCGUGGAGAUUUCUAAGGACAAACACAGAGAGCUGGUCCUCCAGCAAAUGCUUGGUCUCGUCAGAGAGGCCAACGUUCGACCUCUUCAGGCCCUCGUUGAAGACCCGACAAUAUAUUUUGCGAUUUCGGAAGCUAUCGGCCACAUUGACCUGUCUCUUGCUAUCAAAACUGGAGUACAGUACAGUCUUUGGGGUGGGAGCGUUAUUAACCUGGGAACGAAGCGUCAUUUCGACAAAUAUUUUGACAAAAUCGACAGCCUUGAGUAUCCUGGGUGCUUUGCCAUGACCGAGCUUCACCACGGAUCCAACGUUCAAGGGAUCCAAACAACAGCGACAUUUGACAGGUCGACAGACGAGUUUAUCAUCAACACGCCAAAUGAGGGCGCAACGAAGUGGUGGAUUGGCAACGCUGCAUGCCAUGGCAAGUUCGCGACUGUGUUCGCCCGUUUGAGACUCCCGUCUCCAACAUCAAAAGUCUUGGAAGACCUCGGUGUGCAUGCCUUCAUUGUCCCUCUGAGGAGUUUGGAAGACAACAGUGUUCUUCCAGGAGUUGAGAUUCGAGACUGCGGCUACAAAGUUGGCCUGAAUGGCAUUGACAACGGAGCUAUUCGUUUCCAUAACGUGCGGAUUCCCAGGGAGGACAUGCUGGACAGAUUUGGCACUGUCUCUGCAGAUGGCCAGUACAGCAGUGAAAUUCCAAGUGCAAACAAGCGGUUUGCUGCAACAUUGGGAGAGCUUGUGGGAGGUCGAGUUGGUCUUGCGUUCGGAUCUGUGGGAAUUUUGAAAGCAGCAUCAACCAUUGCAGUGCGCUAUUCCCUCCUCAGGCAGCAGUUUGGGCCACCUAACAAGCCUGAAGUCGCGAUUCUUGACUAUCAGUCACAGCAGCAGCGCCUGAUGCCCAUGCUUGCCUCAGCAUAUGCAUUCCAUUUCGCAACGAAUGAACUCGUGCUGCAGUAUGCAGAAAUGAAGCGAACCAAGGAUGAGGCCUUGGUGUCCGAGGUCCACGUCCUUUCGGCUGGUCUCAAAGCUUAUGUCACAUCUUACACCCAGGCGGCAAUCAGCACCUGCAGGGAGGCGUGCGGAGGCCAUGGCUAUGCUGCCGUGAACCGGUUCGGCCGAAUGCGCAACGACCAUGACAUUUUCCAGACGUUCGAGGGUGACAACACUGUGUUGCUGCAGCAGGUUGCAGCAGACCUUCUGAAGCAUUACAAGGAUAAGUUUUCAGGUGGUGCUCUUUCAGUGGGCUGGAACUACCUCCGUGAUUCCAUGGGCACGUACCUUGCUCAGACCAAUCCAGUGACAACACACCGAGAGGGUCAAUCGCACUUGAGGGACCCUCAGUUCCAGCUCGAUGCCUUUCAGUAUCGCACUGCCAAGCUGCUUCACACUGCAGCGCUUCGGCUAAGGAAGCACUCCCGACGCAUGGGUUCUUUUGAUGCCUGGAACCGCUGUCUCAACCACCUGCUGGUACUUGCAGAAUCCCACGUUGAGUCGGUUAUUCUGGCAAGGUUCAUCAAGGCAGUUGAGAGGUGCGAGGACAAAGCAUGCAAGUCAGCACUGAAGGUCAUGUGUGAUCUGUAUGCGUUGGAGCGCAUUUGGGGCGACAUUGGGACGUACAGGAACGAGGACUAUGUUGCCCCGAACAAAGCCAAGGCCAUUCACCGCCUCGUGGAGUUCCUUUGCUAUGAGGCCAGGGGCAUGGCCAAGGAGCUUGUGGACUCUUUUGGCAUCCCUGACGACCUGCUCAAGGCGCCCAUCGGCCUGCAGUCUGGACAGUAUGCAGAGUACCUCAGCUAUGUCAGCUUUUGAGAGGAACAAAGUCAGUGCCCUCUGAUUGCUGCGCCUGUUGCAGCAAUGUCCUCUUUUAGCACUAGUAAUUGACUCGUUCAUAUAGUUUAUUAUUUGUCAGCUCAAUUCACAUUAUGCAUGCGUAGCCUGAACUGCAAACUGUUUAUGGUAUGCUCAGGUUUGUAAACUGCAGAAUGA